AUGUCGACAUCAGAGCAGCCUUCAGACGCUGAAAAGCUUCUUUCACACCUAAUGUCAACCAUCCCUGACCAAACUGGUAUCAUUGUCGCUUCUCUAGACGGCUCAAUACUUGCUUCAUCAGGCACGCUGCAAGACGACAGAACAGUCGUAUCAGAAGCUCUAGGAAUUGUAAAAGAUGCACGGAAUCUAGUGGCUUCCUCUAGUGAAAGGGAUCGCAUGAAAAGAGUGACUUCCUUAACCAAAAUAGUGAAAGUUGGCGAUCAACUCAUCGCCAUAACAGCAGACGACAAGCUGCUAUACGUCGUUAAUAGGACACCUCAAACACAGUGA